AUGACAGAAUUUAACUGGGAUGAUAGUGCAGUACUUUUACUAAUAGAAAAGUAUCAAGAAUAUGAACUAUUGUGGAACCCAAGGCAUAUGGAUUUCAAGAAUCGCAACAAAAGAAAUGAUGCUAUUAGGGAUAUUGCUUCUGUGUUCAACAUAGCAUCAUCAGAAAUUGAGAGAAAACUGAAGAAUUUAUCCAGCCAUUAUUUUCGAGAAAAACGCAAAUAUGAAGAAUCUAAAAGGAGUGGAUCUGGACGGGAAGAUGUUCAAUUGCCGAAAUGGUUUGCUUAUAAGGCGUUAUCAUUUCUUAAUGACAAGAAUGCACCGGUACCGACUCUGAACAGCCACACACCUAGUUCUUCUCAAGAUAAUAUCACUCCCCAGACUACGCUACCUUCGACAAGUUACCUUCGCGAAAACGAAAUAUAG